AUUUCAAACAGUUCUGAAGUACUUGGAAAAUGAGUGUCCUUCUCAUUGAACCCUUUUAUGGUGGUUCCCACAAACAGCUGAUGGAUGUCCUCCAGGAAGAGCUACAAGAAGAUUGUGUUCUCUGCACACUUCCAGCUAAGAAGUGGCAUUGGAAGGCACGGACUUCUGCUCUUUAUUUCAUGCAAACAGUGCCAACAAGUUCUAAUUACAGGUAAAAAUGAAAAUAAAUGGAAGAUAAAAGGGAACUUUUUCUCUGCAGCAGGGUUAAGAACAGGCUUUCUGAUCCUUUUUGCAAGCUCGGUGCUUAACCUGGCUGAACUCGCCGCCCUCCGCCCUGACCUUGGCAAAUUGAAAAAGGUCCUCUACUUCCAUGAGAACCAAUUGGCAUAUCCUGUCCAGAAAUGCCAGGAAAGGGAUUUUCAGUAUGGAUACAACCAGAUUCUUUCAUGUUUGGUUGCUGAUGUUGUGGUGUUCAACUCUGCUUUUAAUAUGGAAUCGUUCCUUAAAUCCAUUGGAAAAUUUAUGAAGCUGAUUCCUGACCACAGACCUAAGGAUUUGGAAAAAAUAAUCAGACCGAAGUGCCAAGUUCUUUAUUUUCCAGUCAGGUUUCCUGAUGUGAGCAGGUUCAUGCCAGAGCAUAAACUUGCCCAUUUGGAAAAGGUAAUUGGUGUUAAAAGGAAUGGAGAUUCUUAUCAGUCAGAGGGGCUGCCUGGCCAGCAGGAGAGCAGAGCUGUAAUGAAAACCAGUGAUGCACAUCCUGAGUCUGGACUUUGUGAGCCCCAGCCUGGACUCUGCACCACACAGCACGAGGGGCUGCCCUCCCCACCAGCAGCCCCAGCCCAGGCUGAAGCACCAGAAAGUACAAAUCCCUAUCAAGGGGAAGAUAAGCAAUGCCUGACUUUUAACCUCUCUAACAUCUUGAGUGGACUGGACUAUCAGCAAAGACCUCUGCACAUUGCCUGGCCUCACAGGUGGGAACAUGACAAAGAUCCUGAAACUUUCUUUAAAGUCCUGAUGAAGCUGAAAGAGCAAGACCUGCCUUUCUAUGUGUCCGUCCUUGGAGAGACUUUCAGUGAAAUUCCAGAUAUCUUUUCAGAGGCCAGGGAAGUGUUGGGAUCGUCCGUCUUGCACUGGGGGUACUUGCCCAGCAAGGAUGACUAUUUCCGAGCUCUGUGCACAGCCGAUGUUGUCAUCUCCACAGCUAAACACGAGUUCUUUGGCGUGGCAAUGAUCGAGGCUGUGCAUUGUGGCUGUUACCCGCUGUGUCCCAAAGCCUUGGUGUACCCAGAGAUAUUCCCAGCUGAAUAUCUGUAUUCUACACCUGAACAGCUUUUUAAAAGGCUUCAGAAUUUCUGCAAGAGACCAGAUAUUGUAAGGAAACAUCUCUAUAAGGAAUCGCAAUCUGAGCCUGGAAUGGAGACAUUCAGAUAUUAAAUACCAAUUCUGGCCAAUUUCUGAUGGGACAAGAAAUACUAUAUUCCACCAAGAAGGCAACGAGAGUAUAUUACUUAUCCAAAGAGGUGAUUUUUGCAUUACACACGGUGUAAAAAAUUAUGCCUGGGUUUAACUGCCAUUUCCUGCCAAGAUUAUUUCAGCUCAAACAGCAACAGAAUAACUGCUGUAUGUUAAAUAUGUUGUACAGGUGGCCCAGUGAUACAGGAGACCUGAGCAAUAAAAGCCGACAUCUGCGGCCGGAGGUGCCUGCGCGCGGUGGAGCCGUGUGCUGGUCCCUGUGGAGGGCGGCCAGCUGCCCAUGCUCACAGCUCUGCCCUCAUGGAGAGAUGUGUGAGGAGCUCUGGAGUGCACCCCCUGCCCUUUCCCUGCUGCUUUCCCAACUAGUUUGGGGACUGUGAGGAAAGACAAUGUGAGGAGGAUGCUGGGGUGACGCCCCCCGGGUGAUGGUGCUCUGAAAUGUCUCAAGGUUUGCCAGUCAAUAUGCACAGUAAAUAAAUACCUGCCUGCAACUUCACAGAAAUUCAUCUCAGCUUCUCAGGGAUUGGCUUCAUGUCGAGCCUUCUGAAUAUCUUUGCAAGCUGCUCCACUUUGCUGUGACAGGCACUCUUUCCUGAGGCAAGAUAACACUGAGGAGGGUUUGGAGAACGAAACCUAGGCCCCUUCAUUUGUUUCAGGAACAUUAGUGUCAUUCCAAGUGCCUCUCUUGUUGGGAAAUGCAGUAAAUUUUAGGCAGAUUCCCAGAUAUCACUGGAUUCAGUAGCUUUCUGCAAUGCAGAUGUGAGGGGUCUCCUUUGACCCCUACAGGUAAUGGCUCUCUUGUGGUAACUUCACAAAUGCUGCAAGGUUAUCUCAUGUAUUUUGGGGUCUACCAGGGCUUAAACUUUCAAGGAGCCCUGCUAAGUUGGAAUUAAAUCCCUUUUUUUCACUUUCACAGCCCCAGAUUUCAUUUAGUUAUGACUAAAUAUUUCCUAAAGUUGCAAUUUUCCAGUAUCCCACCUAAUUUUAAUCACUAGCAGAAAAGCUGAAGACUUAUUGUAGAGCUAGAAAGAACUACAUGACUCCUGGACACAACAAUGACAAUUUUCACUUAAAAGGCUUUUUUCCCAAAAUACAUAUACCACUAAACAUGGUAUCUCCAGGGGGCAGGGAAAUGGCCAUCAGGCUAAUUAGCUCAAAGCAAGCGAAACCAUAGGGGAAAAGGAAAAACGGCAUUUAUGUUGGCUUGAGCAUUGCUGCUUGCACUAAAUCUGCUUGGAUGUCUGUGAAAGCCAUGCAGAGGUGCUUCUGGCUUUGUGGACUGUGGGAGUGGGUCAGCUUCUUAUCUGAUGGCAUCAGGGCACCCCUGAUCUGAUGCCAGCAGCAGUGGAGCUCCCUUCUCCAAAAAACCUCAAGCGUUUGACUUGUGUUGUUACAGCUGUCCAAACUUCUUCCUAACACAGCAAGGUGAAAGAAUCUAGUAUUGGGUCAGAGCAGAAAUAUCAUAAGAUUUGCCUCUGCCUCCCAGAAAGAAAAUGAAGUGAGUCAUGAUGGAGAUUUCACUUUUACCGUCAAUAAGAACAGUUACAUCACCAAAAAUGCGCAGUACAGCGAGCUGAAGUCUUAGACAGUUUGUGAUGUUUAAACAUCUUAAGCACUGUUGAGCAUUUUCUCUACAUUUCUUGAUAUGGCACUGUGGUUUUAUUUAAGCAAUCCCGAAAAUCGUGGCCAGCUGCACCAUCUGCCAGAGAUGAUGCAGGAUGGGUGCCUCCAGCAUGUCAGCGCUCAGAUGUCAUUUAAAAGGGAAAUGCUUUCUGUACUGGGAAGAGGGCAGAGACAAAGAGCCUGGGCAGGCAGCAGGCUGUGCUAAGUGGAAAGAAGAAUUGAUACCUUUUCUAAGGCCUGACCCGAACAUCUGAGUUCCUUCCCUUGGGGUUUCUCACCCCCAAAUGUUCUUUUUUUUUUUUUUUUAAUAUGUGUGUGUGUGUCUUUUUUUUUCUCGGCACUCACAGAUCCAAAAAGGCUCCAAGAGAUAAAGACUCCUCUGAUGUCGAACAGGUGGCUCAUCCAGGUCAUUGAGCGUGAUGGUGGCUGUGAAAGCAAAGAGUGUGGGGUCCCACCUUGGCGCGAGGUGCGGGGGCACGGCGGGGAUGCAGUUGGCAUUUAAAGGUCAGUCCCUCGCAGGUCCUCGGCAGCAGGUGACCUCCGUGACUGCUCUCCCAUCUCACACAUCCGCCUCAUCAAGGAGCCAGGCUGCACCUUUGUGAAACUGUUUGCAGAAGAACGAGCCGUGAUCACAACUAAGCUGAAGGGUGUCAUAUUCACUUUACCACUGACAUGAGGACCAGUGGUUGAAUAUUCGAUUACAUGUCAGUCACAGCACAUUAGGCAAUCUUCCAGUCUGCCAGCUUUGCCCUUCCCAGCUCCCAGCUAAGUGUUAUCAGGAAAGAAGCAGCACUGUGAAGGCAGGAAUUGGCUUGCUCUGGGAGCUUCAGUCCCCAUGAGAAAUGUCCUCUCUUAUCAUUCCACUGGGUCUGUUGGGUCCCCCAUACUCUGGAGCGGGAAGGUGGUUCAUGCCUCCUGACUGUGUAUUCAAACAUGGUGCAGUGGCUACUCAAUUUCUUCUCUAGAUCCAAAGGUAUAAAUGUGUGCAAAAGCAGCAAAUGGUGUAUUGAAAAAUUAGGGAGCUGUCAUUCCAACUACAUUGCCAAAAAUAUUCUGCUCUUUCAAAUAAAGUGGCUAUAAAAA